GCGGGCACGGGGCCGGGCCGGGCUGGGCGGUGCUCUUCGCAGCGCUGCCGGAGCGGCCCGCACAGCUGCCCCGCGCCGGCGGCAGCAUGGGUGGCUCUGCCUCCAGCCAUCUGGACGAGAGCAAGUGCACCUACAUCCGAGGGAAGACAGAGGCUGUCAUCAAAAACUUCAGCCCACACUACAGACGCCAGUACGCGGUGGCCUUCUGCAAGCAUGUGCAGGAUGAGUUGGAGCAGCACCGGGAUUCCCAGUCCCGGUUCCUGAAAACCAAGCCCCCAGUGGAAGCUGGGACGGUCUUAUAUGAAGCAGAGCUGCUGCACUUUGCUGAGGAUCUGAAGAAGUGGAAGGACAGAUAUGUUGUUGUCAAGAGUGACUACACUGUGGACUGCUUUGAGACUAAAGAGGCCUACCAGAAAGGAGCCAGCCCUAAAUAUCACAUUCUUCCUGCAGGAGGCAAAGUACUGACUUCAGAAGAAGAUUACAACUUGCUAUCUGAUAAACAUUUUCCAGAUCCUGUUGGGUCGAGUGAGAAGGAGGUUGCUCAAGCCUUCGUGCAGCUGCCGAGGGAGUUCCCGGUGUACCUGUGGCAGCCCUUCACCCGGCACAGCUACUAUUGCUUCUCGGAGCCAGAAGCUCAGAGGCACUUCAGCGCCGUGCUGGGGGACUGCGUGAGACACUCAAACCACGAUUUUCUGAAGCAGACCACAUAUGAAGUCGAGGCAUUCUUAGAAGCCAUUCAGUUCUUCCGGCAGGAGAAAGGCCACUAUGGGACAUGGGAAAUGAUAAAUGGCAACGAAAAAGAGAUCCUGAGCAAUCUUGUGAUGGAGGAACUCCUGCCUAACCUUCAGACAAUGAUCCUGCCUAAAAUGAAAGGCAAGAAGAAUGACAGAAAGCGGGCCUGGUUUGGUAUUGUAGAAGAAACUUACAGUUUAGUCCAGCAGCAGGUGUCAGAAGGAUUAAGUACCUUGAAAGAAGAAUGUAGAGAUUUUGCAAAAACUCUUGAAGGAACCAUUCGAUCAGAUAUGGACCAGAUUCUGAACUCCAAGAACUUCUUAGCUGGAAAAAUCAAAGCCACUGUUUCUGAGCCUGCCCAGAAGUGCUGCACAGAAAACAUCCAGCCAUUUCUCACAUCCAUAUUGGAGGAGCUCAUGGGUCCAGUGAGUUCUGGAUUCACUGAAGUUCGCUCACUUUUUGAUAAAGAAGUGAAUGAAAUUAUCCAGGACUUCCAGAAGACAAAUGACAUCAUGAAGCUAAAGGAAAAUGUGGACCAGCUUAUGAACCUACCAUUCAACUCUGUGAAAAUGGAGCCCUGCUAUCUGAAAGUGAAUCUCCUCCAGGAGUUACUUCAAGAUCUCAAGAGUCGCUUCAAGGUCUACCACAUUGAUUUUGUGAUUCAGAGGACACAGAACUUCAUGCAAGAGCUGAUGGAAAAUGCAGUUUAUACUUUUGAGCAGUUGUUCUCUCCAAGUCACCAGGCAGACUCUGUGAAGGUUGCAACAACCGUUGAAAAAGUCAAGCUGAGAGUACUGAAGCAAUAUGAUUAUGACAGCAGCACUAUCCGGAAGAAGAUAUUUCAAGAAGCACUGGUACAGAUUACUUUGCCCACAAUGCAGAAGACACUGGCCUCCACGUGCAAACCAGAGCUGCAGAAAUAUGAGCAGUUCAUUUUUGCAGAUUACACUAGCGUGAUCCAAGUAGAGAAUGUGUAUGAAGAGAUUUUGUAUCAGACACUGCUUGAAGAAACCAUGAAAGUGAUAAAAGAAGCUGCCAUUAUGAAGAAGCACAACCUCUUUGAAGACAACUUGAAUUUGCCUUGUGAAAGUGUGUGCAGCUUGACAGACCUGAAGACCCCUUCGGGAUCAGCACAAACCACUCCUGCAAAGAAACCUUCCCCUGCCCUAGCUGAGGCGUCAGACACCGAAACUCAAAGCGAUGAAACACUCGUUGUGACAGAAAAAAAUCUGUGGGAGAAGGAUGCUGAUAAUAGAAAGUCAUCACAGAAAGAGACAGUCACUUCUGUCAAUAUGGGCAGUGAUCAGGCAUGCAAAAGUGAAGAAGUGGACAUUAGAGAAGCUGGUGAAAAACAGGAGAUCGUUUCAGCUGCCCUGACAAAACAAGCUGCAGAGGAAAAAAGUGCUUUGGAGAACAAAGAUAAAGUGAAAAUGGAGUUUGUAGCAAACACUGAUAAAAAGCUUAAGAUACAACAAGAAGCUGUGGAGGAAAAAGUAGCUCCUAGGACUGAAACUGCCAUAAAAGAUCUUGGAGACAGCCCUAAAAAAGAACUCAAGGGACAUGAAGGAGCAGUGGAGGAAAAAGCAUCAGAUGCUGUGUUUGUCAGUGGCACUGAAAAAGAAAGCAAAGCACAAGAAGUUUCUGAGAUAAAGCUGACCUCCACACAGGAUCAUGUAGCAGAAGCAGAGAUUUUAGGGAAUGCUGAAAAGAAAAUCAAGGUUGAAAAAGAAAUUAUGGAAGAAUUAUCUCAGAGUGAAAAUACAGUAAGAACAAGGUUUGAAGAGGAUAGUAAAAAAGAAAGCAAUGACCAAGGAGCGAGUACUGAGACAAGGGUUAUUUCCCAGGAUGAACACACAGGGAAAGGAGAGUUUGGGGAUAAUCCUGAAAAAGAAAAUAAGUCAGAAGAAAAGAGUUGUAAAUCCCCUGAUGAUGUGAAUGAGAUAAGGAGUUUGCUGAUGGUAACAGUUGAGAUAUCAGCAGAUACUCCAGCUGAGAACAUAAAGCAGAUUUGUGAAAGUGAGAUAUUAAAGUUGCAGGAGCACAAUGAAGGGAAUGAGUUGAGCAAAGUGGCUGUGGCAGAACCUCAAGUGAGCCAGAUGGUGAACAAAGAUGCGUCAGAAUGUGUGGAGUUCAAGGAACACCAACCGUCUUCAUCUGGUUUGGGGAAAGACAGGUCGAGUGUAGUGAAUGUGUCCAAGGGAGCCUGCAAUACUGCACAAGCAGAGUGGCUGGUGGAAGGCUCAGAUACACCUCAGGAGACAGAGGUGGAGAUCAAGCAAAGCAUUUGGUACACAGGUGUGGGCAGCUGCAAAAGUGAUAACUUGCAGCCAGAGGAACACUCUGAAACUGUGUCUGAACACAAAAGGUUAGGUGGGGAGGAAGGAGGAGCAGGGAAUAGCCACGCCAUCCCAGUGGAGGCAGGGACUGGGAGCUUUUGUUGUAAUUCUGCUGAAAAUGCAGACAUGGCACAAGUGCCCAUUUUGGACACAGAAAACCCAAGAACAGGACUUCUGGAUGUGCCAGUGCCUUUGAUGCAGGGCAGGGUGAGCACCACAGAGGUCAUGGGAGAUGCAGAAGCUGUUGAGGGCGAAGGGCAGCCAGACAAAUCAUCUCCACACACGGAAAUCAAAAGCACAGAAAUAAAAGAUAUUUUUGCAGAAGAAAACAGAGAAGAUAGUUAUGCACAGCAAAACUCUGAAGAGUAAGAAGUGUUUUUCAGCCCAGGCCUGCGAGGUUUAUUUACUCCAGUAAUCCCUGUUUAAUUGUGAAUAUGCACUUGGGUUGAGGCUAGAGGGAACGGGCUUUGUUGUGGUAUUACCAGCUCUUGCAGUUUUAGCAUGAAUCCCUUCCUGAGCGAUGGGUAAUUGGUUUCUUUUCAGUUUAAAGCCUUCACUGUUUAAAACCAGGUUACUGUUAGGGAAUGUCAUCUUUCACUUAAAAUUCACUAGCUUUUGUGGUUAUAGAAAAAGUCUGAAAAUGAGACCACCGGCUUCAAAAGCAACUCACCCCCAACUCUAAAGUUAUUUUACAAACUUGGAUGUUUUAGCUCAUGAUUUUUAAAUGCAUGAAUUUGACAAGUACUGCCGUGGUUGUUAGGUGGUUGGUACCUUCAUUGGCAUUCAAAAAUGCUUUUAGUAUUUGCAUGCAGUAUACAAGAAAUAAAUAAAACUUUUAAUAGUGAAACAGAA